AUGGUCGCCCGACGCCGACUAUUCGUCCGCAAGGCUCCUCUCGUCGAAGCCGCUGCUUUUUCACGCGUUUCUACACUCUGGAUAAGCGAGGGAAAAUCGAAAACGCGACGGCGAUGGUCAACUGCUGAUGGUGACCGGAUGACGAAGCUUCCAAGGCGAUGGGCAAUGAAAAGAAGAGACAACGACCCUUUCUUCAGCUGC